GUGGUCGGCGGAGCGGGCACGCGCCGGGGUCGCGCGGCUGCCGAAGGGGGCGGGCGCGCGCAGGAGGAGUAGAGGCGCAGGGGGCGGGGGACGGCUCGCUUGCUUGCAAGAUGGCGGACGAGGACGGGGAAGGGAUUCACCCCUCAGCCCCUCACCGGAAUGGAGGCGGCGGCGGGGGUUCUGGGCUCCACUGCGCCGGGAACGGCGGCGGGGGAGGCGGCGGCCCGCGGGUCGUGCGCAUCGUCAAGUCCGAGUCCGGCUACGGCUUCAACGUGCGGGGCCAAGUGAGCGAGGGCGGGCAACUGCGGAGCAUCAACGGGGAGCUGUACGCGCCGCUGCAGCAUGUGAGCGCCGUGCUGCCCGGGGGGGCGGCCGACCGGGCCGGGGUGCGCAAGGGGGACCGCAUCCUGGAGGUGAACGGCGUGAAUGUUGAGGGGGCGACACACAAGCAGGUGGUGGACCUGAUCCGAGCAGGCGAGAAGGAAUUGAUCUUGACAGUGUUGUCUGUACCUCCUCAUGAGGCUGAUAACCUAGAUCCCAGUGACGACUCCUUGGGACAAUCAUUUUAUGAUUACACAGAAAAGCAAGCAGUGCCCAUAUCGGUCCCCACAUACAAACAUGUGGAGCAGAAUGGUGAGAAGUUUGUGGUAUACAACGUUUACAUGGCAGGGCGGCAGCUGUGUUCUAAGCGGUACCGGGAAUUUGCCAUCUUGCACCAAAACCUGAAAAGAGAGUUUGCCAACUUUACAUUUCCUCGACUUCCAGGAAAGUGGCCAUUCUCAUUAUCAGAACAACAGCUAGAUGCCCGGCGUCGGGGACUGGAAGAAUAUCUAGAAAAGGUGUGUUCCAUCCGAGUCAUUGGUGAGAGCGACAUCAUGCAGGAGUUCCUGUCAGAAUCUGAUGAGAAUUACAAUGGUGUGUCUGAUGUAGAACUGAGAGUAGCAUUACCGGAUGGAACAGCAGUUACCGUCAGAGUUAAAAAGAACAGUACUACAGACCAAGUAUACCAGGCUAUUGCAGCAAAGGUUGGCAUGGACAGUACAACAGUGAAUUACUUUGCCUUAUUUGAAGUUAUCAAUCAUUCCUUUGUACGUAAGCUGGCACCUAAUGAAUUUCCUCAUAAACUCUACGUCCAGAAUUAUACAUCAGCUGUGCCAGGCACCUGCCUGACCGUUCGCAAGUGGCUCUUUACAACGGAAGAAGAAAUCCUCUUAAAUGACAAUGACCUUGCUGUUACUUACUUCUUUCAUCAGGCUGUUGAUGAUGUAAAGAAAGGUUACAUUAAAGCAGAGGAGAAGUCUUACCAGUUACAGAAGCUAUAUGAACAAAGGAAAAUGGUCAUGUACCUCAACAUGCUAAGGACUUGUGAGGGCUACAAUGAAAUCAUCUUCCCACACUGUGCCUGUGACUCCCGGAGGAAGGGGCAUGUUAUCACAGCCAUCAGCAUCACGCACUUUAAACUUCAUGCCUGCACUGAGGAAGGGCAACUGGAGAACCAGGUAAUAGCAUUUGAAUGGGAUGAGAUGCAGCGAUGGGACACAGAUGAAGAAGGAAUGGCCUUCUGUUUUGAAUAUGCGCGAGGAGAGAAGAAACCUCGAUGGGUUAAAAUCUUCACACCAUAUUUCAAUUACAUGCAUGAGUGCUUUGAGAGGGUGUUCUGCGAGCUCAAGUGGAGAAAAGAGGAAUAUUAGUUAGAGACUGAUUAUCCCAUGUGAGCCAGGACAUUCUCACAGCGAGGCUGGCCUCUGGAUGGUGAAUGGGCUAUGCAAAAAAGCCCUGCUACUUCCCUUGUGUAGAGGGUGGACACUGGCUGCAGGCUCUCCCAUCUCUCAUGACUUCAUGGACCCUCUUCUGCCUGUUUGAUUUUUGUUGUUGUUGUUGUUGUUGUUUUAAUCAAAUAACCCACCAUGCUGUUCCUGACCCAGGAGAGCACCUGCCCUGAGUUUUAGCCAUCGGUCUGGAUAAGUCUCAUUAGAGUCUUUCUUCACUAACCAAGGACAUAUUGGGGGAGAUUUGUUGCUACUGUUGUUUAUAGGCAUCAGUACUGGAGCAGAAUUUAGAAGACUGUCUAAAUACCUAGCUCCUUAUUCUCAAAGAAUCAGGAGAUGAAGAGGUUCAGUCAGUCACAUGGAAGUUGAUGUUCUUGCUAUAGUAGAAAGAACACUGGGCUCUGGAAGUCAUCUGGGAUUUCUUCUGCUUCUUUUGUCAGUAAUUUUGGGCAAAACGAUAUCCUUAGGUCUGAAGUCUUGUAAAAAACAGGAAGACUGAUCCAGGUGGUAAUAGUCAGGGUCCUCCAUGCUCAAGGGGCUGUGGAUCUGGAUGGUAAGCCGGAUUCAGUUGUCAGCCAGGCUUGCAGCUCCAGUUCUGUUUGAAGGUUGUCUCCAGAUCGGAGGCCACACUGCUCCUAAGUAACUCUUCUUUUUUUUCCCUUUCAGAAUAUUUUCCAGAUGACGAGGUCACAGCAGAGGGAUGUGGCCACCUAGCCUUUCCUCAUCCCUUCCCUUCUCCUUGCCCUCAUCCUCUUAGUCCUUUUGUCAGACAGUAACCAUUAACACAAAAGAAGUAAAAAAAAGAAAAAAAAAGUCAAUAUAUCCCAAAGUCCCAAGCUAAAUAUUAUUACUAACUCCUUGUGAGUUUCGCACCUCUGGAACUAAGCUGGUAGAGAACAGCAGGUUGGUAGUGCCAGACGUCCACUGAGAUCAGGGAGGAACAAGCCCAACCAACUUGCCAAAGGCAUCUUUGUCGUUUUCCCUGGGCCUCACACCAACAGACUCUCCUUGUACUAUAUUUUUAAAACUGGAACUAUGAACUCCAUCCAUUUGCACUGUUCAAGCAUAUAUAUGUAUGUAUGUAUGUAAAAAUUAUAUAUACACAAAUUAGCUGCACGUAUAUACAUAUAUAUAUUUCUUUUUAAAUUUCAUAUUGAUGGCAGUACCUUUUUUAGCUUGUGUUUUUACACACCUUUCACUGAAUUCAUGACCUCUCUCUUGCUCUCUUUAUUUUGAAACAAACUUUAAAAAGGAAAAAAAAAAAUUACAGGGAAAAUACCUCUCCUCAUGAAGGACUCGAAAAGUUUACAACCUGCUUGGGUUUUCCCCCUUUUUUGUAUCGAGUACAGUUUCUGGCAAUUGGUUUGCCAUAGAGUCUGAGGAGCAAGGAGUGUGGUAGUGUCCUUAUCUUGAAGAGGGUGCUGAGGAGGAGAAAGGCUGUGUCUCAAGAGCAAUGAGACUGCAGGUCUACAGGGAGUCUAAAAGACCUAUGGUCUCAAUUCCAAGUCGCUUUCCUGGUCCGUCGUUCCCACUUAUGACUUACUAGUUCAUUCUGCAUCUUCUUCCUGUUUCUUUAGGGUCUUUUAUAUGCUUCCUUUCAACUGGCCCACAACUGAGUUGAGGGUAGUCUCAGGAAGUUGUUACCAUAGGAAACUUUUCUUCUGUGACACAGAUAGUAUUUGGGACUAAGAGAAAGCCUAACAUCUGAGGCACAACAGUUGGACAUCUGUAGGAAAGGAAGAAGCAAUGCCUCCUCCAUUCCUGUCCAGGAACCAAUAUGUUUUAUGUCCUCCAUGGCUUCCUUAAACAGUUGUAUGGGGAGGGAGUGGCUUGGGAAAACUUAGAGUCUGGGUCUCUGUCAACCAAAUCAUAGCCCUAUUCAUGCCAGCUAAGGGCCCAGGAAGAAGUGGAUGUAUGUUUGAUUUUGGUUGAUCUCCACCUGUUACUUCAAAGGGGACUGAAGAGAAAUCUCUCAAAGAGUUCUUUGUCUGGGGUUGGGGCUGGGGCUGGACCUCAGUUGAUAGAAUGCUUGCCUAGCAGGCAUAAAGUCCUAGGUUCUAUUCCCAGCACCACAUAAACCUGGGUGUGGUAGUGCACACCUGUAAUCUCAGCACUUAGGAGGGGAGAGGGGCAGUGUCAGAAGUUCAAGCCCAUCCUCUGCUACUACAGGAGACCCUGUCUCAGAAGUCAAAAAGAUUCUUGUCUGCCCUUGUGUUUAGAUUUCUAGGACCUAAGAGAUACAGCUGGGGCACAGGCCAGGGCUGGCACUAGGGUAAUAUUUUUAGACUUUGAGUUCCUGCUUCCCUACUUUACCUUUCAAAUAGAAGCCUCUAUAGGCUGGCAUCCUUGGCUUUAUGUAGCUGGAGGGCAACUGGAAUUGGGUGUAUUUGGCAGUGCUGCAUUUGGUUUAAAGUUUUCAUACUGGUUUUGCAGAUCACGAUGAGACCACUUUUCUGUAUUAUUCUGGCAGCCUCUUGUCCCAGGAAGGACAGCCUGUUCCUUCCCUCUUCAAAUCUGUGGAAUCACAAAGUAUAUAAGAAUUGUGAGUGUUUAAAGUUGAAGAGAGCAAUACUUGAUUUGAAGGCUUUAAUCCAAGACCAAACUCCUCCUUCUGGCUUUAAUAAUGAGUCUGAGUACCUUAAAAGAAAAUGCAUUGAUUUCCACUCCAAGAUGUUUUGGAGGCCAUCUUUAUUCACACUGUUAAAAAAAAAAAAAAUAGCAACAGUGUGCUCCUGUUCCCUCAGUGGGAAAGGCAUGAAGGAGUCUACUGGACAGGUAGAGUAGACUCCAGGAUAGAGACAGGGCUUUUUGGAGGUCCCACAGAAUGAGCCCCAAAGCUUUUAGCCUGAUAACAGAAUCUGUGUAGCGGCAGCCUACUUGAAGUAGUCUCAGUUGCAGCAAUGAAGUGGGAAGGGGGAGGCCCAGAAGGCUCACAGUGGGACUCGAGUCAUGGGGGCAGAGGUCACUGUGGCAAGAGGCCCAAGGAUCAAGUCCCUUUGCAUGAAGCAGUGUUAGAUGUAACUCUGUUCCAUCCCCCCAUUUCCCUUACACUUCCUUAGUCCUGGCUUCUUUCUGCCCAGGGUGGCAUCUACCCAGUCUUCUUUUCUUUUGCAGUUUGUUUCUGAGAAAGGGAAUCACACUCCCUAACUUCACCCCAGCAGGAUCUUCCUCGCCUCCCAUUGGCUCCACCAUGUUGAGUUUCUGAGACAAAAAUUCAAGAGAUUUUUAUGGACCCUGAGAACCCUAGCCCUGUAGGAAGCUUUGCUUGGGUAGUGCUUUGAGCUUGCUGCUCUUUGUAUUUUUAUCCUGGUCUCCAUUUUUCUGCCCUCCCCAUGCUGAAGCCUAAGCUCACCACAGCUACAGAUAUAUUAGUGCUCGGGGCAGCUCUGAGCCUGGACAGAGCUCUCAGGGAGGGACAAGACAAAUAUUCCAGCCCAGUUAGUUUUAUUCUUAGUUACCUGGACCAGUAGCUUUGAGUUAUCCCCUUUUAUAGCUCCAAAUCCAAUGCUUGGAGCAGCGAAAUAGGGCACCGAUAAGAGGAGACACCUCUCUCAUCUCAGAAAUUCCAGCUUAAGGGCCAGCUCCUAGAAAGCAGUUUUCUUAAAGGGACAUGAAGUCUCCAGGACUGGAGGGUCUCCCUGCUCUCCUGUCCGUUAUGCUGUCUGGGGGAAUGGCCUCAGCACACUGCUGCUCCCUCGCCAGUUUUAAGGGUUACUUUAACUUCUUUUUGUAUGAGGGAGAGUGUGGCCUAGUGCUCAGAUCUAGUGAGAGGGAGAAUGCCUCUUUAGCCCUCCACUUUGGGUUCCUCUUGCUCUAACCCUGAGUGCAUCUGCCAGGCGUCCUUUACCUAGACAGCAGCAGCUCCUCAGCAGUAACUGAGGGUAUACAGAAAGCGGACUCUGGGGAGGAACAGGACUGAAGAGGGCCUGAUGCUGGUAGGAGCACUUGGCUAGCUGCUAACAUGGGUGCCAACUUGGUAUCAUGCCCCCCUUUAAGCCAGUAAGCUGGGCUUCAGUUUCUCCCAGGCCGUGCAUCCUUUAAUUUAUUUGAGAGAAACUCUAAUUGUAUUCUCACUGCAGUAUCUUGUAUUUUUAUUUGUGAUCUAUGAAAUGUGAAGAGAAAAUGCAGAGACCACACUGGGUCCAGUGUUCUCCAGCCCCUGCUCUAGAGCUAACCACUCUAAGAUUGUCUGGUAAUGUCACUUAGUGUAAUUAAUUGUAACAUAUUCUUUUAAAUAAAUUGAUUUAUUGAUGAAACAA